AUGGACUACUCUGAUUUGAUCCGUCCGGACGCCAGGGAGGUCAACGCUUCAUCUCCCACGCAUCGAUCAUCAUCCCCCCAUUCGUCUCGAAAUGAACCCAGACGCAUGCCUUCCUUCGGCUCCCAAAAACACGCCCCUGCGGCGCCUGAUCAGGGCCCGCUACAAGCUGUCAACGAAUCUACCCCCAUCGUGAGGAGUUCCGACUCGACCAGACGCAACUAUCACUCCACUGACGGGCUGCGGAAUCGGGACUCGGGGUCCGGCGAUGCGACUGGAAAGAACUCGGCGCAACGGGAUGCCAGAGAUGCCGACCAACAGGCUCAGCCGACAGAAUCGGCAGAGCCCAAGGCGUCGUGGUAUAGCCAGUUCGCUGACCGGUACGGGAGUCUAGAACUGGAAAACAAGGGGAGUGUUGCUCGUGAUCAUCUGGCAUUAGGUGCGCCUUUUUUGAUUCUUACACCCCUGAUCCGCUCGCAUUCUUUUCUGAUUAACCAUUUUAUGACUGGUAGAACGGACAUUCCUUGCCUGGCUGAGAACAUCACUGGCUUUCGCAUCUAUUGGCAUAGCGGUGACCCAGUUGUUCCGCCUGAACAGCUCUACUAA